UGGCAUAAUAGGCUGUUUUGGUCUUACCUGAAGGGUGAGCGCUCUCCGCGAAGCAAGGUAUGAAAAAGAGGCUGUAUGGGGGUAUAUAACAGUAGACACUUCCAAUUCACAAGAUACGCGAAGAAGGCAUAUUGAGUCGUUGUCGUUAAUAACGGAUUAGAUAGUCCUUUGUACCAAUUAGUUAUUGUACAAGACGCGUACUUGGAGUAUGGCUAUCUCCAUCCUGCUAGGGUGGCUCUUAUUCUCUGAAUUGGCUUCAGCCGAAUGCACGAGAGACUUCCUCGUAGGAGCCACUAACAAGUAUGUCGCAGCUCAAGCUGCCGGGUCAAGCGACGAUGUGGCGGCACUAGCGGCACCCAAUGUCACUUACACUGAGAACGAAGUUCCCAAAGCCAUCAACGAAGGCGUCUUGACCGAAGCUAUCAAGAUCGACCAUAACCGCAGCAUCCACGACACCGUCAACUGCGCGACCUUCACCGAGAUCAUCGCCGCGAGUAACCCGCACCAGUACGUCAUCGGCACGCGCAUACUCUUCAACGACGACAGCAAGAUCUCGUUGAUCGAGUCGAUAGUGACAGAUACCGGUGACUGGGUUUUCAACGCUACCGGAUAUUUGUACUGGAACUCGCAGGAGAACUGGGAUCCUAUUCCUGAGGACAAGCGGGACAGCCGCGAGGUUAUCCAAGCCGCUGGCGAUGCAUACUUCAACCGGUUCAAGAACGAGAACGUAACCGUUCCUUUCGGCAUUCCCUGCUCCAGACUCGAAGGAGGCGCAUCUACAGCACCUCUCAACAUGACCGGCGACUCAUGCACGCUCGCAGGCCUGCCGUCGACGCUCGUGGUCACCAACCGCCGCUACGUCGUGGACGAGGUCCUAGGUGUCGUUGACAUCUACCUCGGAUUCCCUGGGCUGGACAGAUCGCAAGGCGAGAAGCCAAUGCCGGAUAGCCAUAUGUUCAGAGUCGAAUCCGGCAAGAUCAGAUAUAUCCAUACUGUUUCGUCGUGCGUGGAGGCAGGGUGUGGAUUCAAUAGCACGAUCCCGCCUACUUCGAGGAUUAGGAAACUACGCACUUUCGAGAAGCCCAGACUAUCUAGGCGAGGAUACUGA